AUGUCAAGACACUUCUGUUUCUGCAUCCCCGUGAGGGCUGGCGUGUUCAUCUUCUCCUUCUUCUCUUUCCUCCUCACGGCGGCUGUAGCUGCGUUAGCGUGGUACGCCACGUACAAGGUGCACCAUAACCCUGGAACGAACGUGACCGAAGCUGGGAAGAUCAUCGUAAUCGUAGUCGGGAGUGUCUUCACAUUGAUGGCUCUCAUCUCGCUAUUUGGCUUUAUGGGCUCCGUCACACGAAAUCGCCGCUUCGUGAAAGCGUAUUCGGCGAUGUCGUGGAUUCUCUUCAUCCUAUCACUCGUCUCCGCGGGCUUCUUCCUCUACAUCGUAUACGCCGGCAAGGCGCUCGUCCACAACUGCGUCUCCAUCGACUCGCAGGGGAAUGUUAACACGAACGUCAACUGCGACUUCCACUUCUCCACCGCGGUGAAGAUCGCCGUCACGGUGAUCGUCUUCCUGGAGGUGCUCAUCCAUCUCUACAUCGUCGUGGUGAUCCGGCGCUAUGUGGAGCAGCUCGAUGACUCUGCCUGGAAGGGCCAGUACUCCCUGACCACCACCGACGUCCGGCAGGGGCUGCUUAACCCUGUCUCGGGCCCAUAUCCGUACUCGGAUGCGCACAAUGCAUACGGCCAUGCAUAA